AUGUAUGGUUAUGUUUGUGGCUUUCAUACCAGUUUUGAAGGAAGUUUACCAUUGGUAACUCUUUUGAUUGCAAAUUGUCUCAAGGCCCAAGUGCAACUCGGUUUACCAAACAUGGGUGGAGUCGAUGAGAACAUCGCUAUAAUCGGGGAAUGGGCGCCUCCAACUCCAAGCCCGAGAGCGUUCUUCUCGUCGAUUCUUGCUGAAGAGGCAAUGAGCGCAAGAGGUGCAGGCUCUGAUCAACCUGGGGAGUCGAAUACUAGAAUGGAUGGCUUCUUUCUCGGAACAACAAGAGGGUUGAUGAAGACAGCUGGGAAAAGAGAUGCUGCUGCUGCUGCACAAUCUGAUGUUACCCAGCUGACUGAUCAUUUCUCCAGUCCUUUUAAUGACCACAAGGUGACUUCCUCUUCUUCUUCUCGAGGGGGACUUGUUGAAAGAAUGGCGGCUAGAGCUGGGUUUAAUGCUCCAAAGUUGAACACAGAAAACAUGAGGGCUACCACUACUACUGACCUUUCACUCAAUGCUGAAGUGAGGUCGCCUUACUUGACGAUACCACCUGGUCUCAGCCCGACGAGCCUGUUGGACUCUCCUGUUUUCGUCAAUUCUCUGGCACAACCUUCGCCAACAACUGGGAAAUUCUCAUUUUUCCCAAAUGGAAACGGCAAGAGCUCUAACAUGAUGUCUGACCCUGCUUAUCGAAAUAAAGAUAAUUACUUUGAGGGCAUCAAUUCGUCUUCUUUUGCUUUCAAGACUGUACCAGAAAUGAGUCCCUCUUUCUUCACUGGUUCUGCAACAAAAGCAACUCCAGUUACUCUCCCGCAGCAAUCUUUUCCCAGCAUUGAGGUUUCGAUGCAGUCUGAGAAUUCUCUCCACUCUCAUGUAGAACAACAUGCUAACAAAUUCCCACCACCACAAAACAAAUCGUCCCUUCAUUUUGCGACAGACUUCUCAAAAUUGGACAGUGAUCAGAGGGAGAACUAUGGUAAAGCUAUUGCAACCAGUGAUGCUAUAGGUGGCAGUAGUGCAGCUGCACAUUCUUCUCCCCUUCUUGAUGAUCAAGACGAUGAAGGUGGCGAUCAGAGAGUGAGCGGAGACUCCUCGCUCGCUGGUGCACCAGCUGAGGAUGGAUUCAACUGGCGGAAGUAUGGACAAAAGCAAGUGAAAGGGAGUGAGUAUCCUCGAAGUUACUACAAGUGCACAAACCAGAAUUGCCCGGUGAAGAAGAAGGUAGAGCGAUCACAUGAGGGGCAUAUCACGGAGAUCAUAUAUAAAGGAGCUCACAACCAUCCGAAACCACAACUCAACAGGCGCUCAACCAUUGGUUCUUCGAAUCCUCUCGCUGAUAUGGCACUCGAAAACCCUGGAAAUGACAACAUUGAGGUGACAUCAUCAGCAUCAGCUGUUGCCGCAGAGUUUGGCAAUCAGAAUCGUGGGGCCCAUUUUGAGUUGAGUGAAGCUGUUGAUGCCUCAUCGACAUUCUCUAAUGAUGAAGAUGAGGAUGAUCGAGCCACACACAAUAGUGUAGGGAAUGAUGGUGAAGGGGACGAAUCAGAAUCAAAGAGAAGGAAGAUUGAAGCUUACCCUGCCGACAUGAGUGGAGCUACCAGGGCUAUUCGUGAGCCGAGAGUUGUAGUCCAGACGACAAGUGAAGUGGAUAUCCUCGAUGAUGGUUAUCGUUGGAGGAAGUAUGGGCAGAAGGUUGUGAAAGGAAAUCCAAAUCCUAGGAGUUACUACAAGUGCACAAAUGCAGGCUGCACAGUGAGAAAACAUGUCGAGAGAGCAUCACAUGACUUAAAAUCCGUGAUCACGACGUACGAGGGGAAGCACAACCAUGACGUGCCUGCAGCUCGCAACAGCAGCCACGCCUCUGCAGCUUCCGCACCUUCUUCCCAGGCAGGCCACAUUCCACGGCCCGAGGCACCACAGGUUCACAACAACAUGAACCGUGGUGGGUUCGAUAGUAGACAGACAGCUGGCCCAUAUGGAUCUUUCAGCUUGCCUGGAAGGCAACAGCAGCAGCAGCAGCAGAACGGGUUCUCGUUUGGAAUGGGCCAGCCAGGUCUCGCCAACCUGGCGAUGAUGAUGCCAUCAUCAGUUCAUCAUCCUUACUUAGCAGCAGCUCAGCAGCAAAGGUCUUAUAGCGAAAUGGGGUUCAUGUUGCCUAAGGGAGAGCCAAAGUCUGAGCCUAUGUCAGAGCCUAGUUUGAAUAUGUCGAACAAUGCAGCUCUGUAUCAGCAGAUCAUGAGUAGGCUGCCACUUGGACCUCAAAUGUGA